AUGGAGCAUGUAGACGUCCUUGUUGUGGGUGCUGGUUGGUAUGGACUGAUGGCAGCAGAAACGUACCUCAAACUCGCCCCAGAGACUAAUCUUCUCGUCGUGGACGACGGGGACACGAUUGGUGGGAUAUGGAAUCAGGAGCGCAUCUAUCCAAGUCUCCACGCGCAGAACAGUUAUCCUCUCUUUGAGUACUCCUCCUACCCGAUGAAAAAGGAAGGGAUUUCCUCGCUUGGCUUCAUCCCCGGGCAGACCAUCCAUAACUACCUUGUCAACUUCGCCAAAGAUCAUGACCUCGUGCGUCGCAUUCGUCUUCGGACUCGUGUGACCCAAGUGCGCAGAAGCGCCAACCACCAAGGCUGGGUCGUGGAAACAGAGUCGGGAGAGCGGCCGAUCAAGUGCGACAAGCUGAUCUAUGCCACGGGAGCUACUUCGAGCCCAAUCCGACCGAAAUGGCCGCGAGAGAAUUUCGAUCAACCGGUCAUUCACUCCCUGGACAUCGCCACCAAUCUGUCCCUGAUCGAGAGCGACACAAUUCAACGAGUCACCGUGGUGGGGGCCUCGAAAUCAUCCUACGACACCGUUUACCAACUGCUCAAGGCCGGGAAAAAGGUAGACUGGGUCAUCAGACCGACUGUCUCCGGGGGAUUCUCCAUAUUCGCUCCCACUUUCAUGUUUUUCUGGCGCAUAUCGGAUUUUGUCUCCACGCGAUUUGCGUGCAGCUUUAGCCCUAGCAUCAUGAGCACCAUCGGGCCCUGGGACAGAUUCUUGCAGCGCACGAAGAUUGGAAGAUUGCUCGUGCGUCUCUAUUGGCGAGUUGGCACGAGCCUGGCAGCGGCAUAUGCGCGGUUCGGCGAUAGUGAGCAUACCAAGCAUCUGCAGCCCUGGCCUCACCCGGACGGGCUCUUCUGGGGCAGUGGGGGGAUUGGGGUUGCGACCGUCCCUGACUUCUGGGAGGUCAUCCACAAAGGCGACGUGACCAUGCACCGUACGGAGAUCGAGUCGCUCUCUCACCAUGACGUGGUCAACCUAAAGAACGGGACUUCUGUCGCAACGGACAUAGUGAUUCAGUGCACCGGGUUUGACAAGGGUUACGACACCUUUAGUCCGCAACUACAGGAAGAAUUGGGUCUGCAUUAUGACCCCUCCACCUUCUCGAAGUGGACGGUAUUGGACGCGCAGGCCGAGCAGAAAGUGGAUGCACUGCUGCCCAUCCUAAAGAACUCCCCUUUUGAUUCGAUGGAACACAAGAAACACGGUCAGGGCCCCAACCGGCAUUACCGUCGUCUCAUUGUCCCCGAGCUGGCAGCUAGAGGGGACCGGUCGAUAUUGUUCCCGGGUCACAUUCACGCCGCCCUCACCCCGGUGGCGGCAGAAAUACAAGCCCUUUGGGGGUUUGCGUUCCUAAAUGGCUGGAUGAAGGUCCCUGAACAGGAGGAGAUGGAGAUGGAGGCGGCAACCUUCAACGCAUGGACCCGUAAGCGAUAUAUCGAACAGGGGAAGAAGCAUUCAUAUAUCGUCUAUGAUUUCAUCUCGUACCUGGACACUCUCAUGAGAGACCUCGGCCUUAACCCGCGCCGGAAGAGGACAUUUUUCGAAGAAUGGUUCACUCCGUAUCGGCCGCGAGAUUAUCGGGGGCUAAUUCAGGAGUACCUGACAGCCCACUCACGUAGGGUUCCUGCGGACAAGAAAAUGUGCGAAGAAGAGAUGAGUGUGAAUGAGUAG